AUGUCGCUGGCUCAUCCCGACACUUCAAAUUACCCAUUCAAGUUUGAACCUUUCCUAAGGCAGGAGUAUUCCUUUUCACUUGAUCCAGAUCGGCCCAUCUGUGAGUUUUACAACUCGAGAGAGGGUCCCAGUUCGUGUCCUCGUGGAGUAUCAUGUCCUAGGAAACACGUUCUGCCCAUCUUUCAGAAUAAAAUUGUCUGCAAACAUUGGCUGCGUGGGCUCUGCAAGAAAAACGAUCAGUGCGAGUACCUGCACGAGUACAACCUUAGGAAGAUGCCCGAAUGUGUCUUUUAUUCCAAAAACGGCUAUUGCACUCAAACGCCGGAAUGCCAGUACCUUCAUAUUGAUCCUCAAUCGAAGAUUGCGCUUUGCGAAGACUACACGAUGGGAUUCUGUCCUCUGGGCGCGCAAUGUAAGAAAAGACACAUAAAGAAAGUGAUAUGUCCCAGAUACAUUACCGGGUUCUGCCCACUAGGACGGAAAGAGUGCGACAUGGCGCAUCCGGAAUUUGUGGUACCGAGCAAGAUCAGCAGACUGUGGAUCAAGAAGGAUGAAGAGAUUAACACAAGAAAGUCUGACGCGGAGAAGGAAAGAAGGCUAAACGCAAUCAUUAACGGUGAAAUCGAGAUAUAG